UCGCAACAUCAUCCCGCUCCUCAAUCACUGCACGCAAAAAUCAACAUAGGGAACGAUACACAAAGCGACACUCAACACUAACAAAGGUCGUCAUACCGGAGACCCAUCUGGCGAUGACCGGAUAUUCUGGCAAAUGACUGAGCCAAUGGAGCAAAGAAUUUCGAAAGCGUGCGAGAAGCACGAAUCUGAGGUGCAAGUGAAACACCGAAUGGUCCGAACACCAUGCUGGCUAUGGAAGAUCAGCUCUGUUCGACGAGCUGACCGCUUGCCUGUGAGCUUGAGAAAGUGAAAUGCCCUUCGGAUUUUACCGGCGUUAUGCUUCUUACGUCCGGGUCCGCACCGAAAUUCUAUAAAACAUUCUUCGUCGCUUUAUUAGCUUCCUUCACAUUAUUCUUAAGGCUGUCUAAAGGCUUAGAAGUUCCAGCCAUGCCUAACAACGCCGAACGCACUUUCAUCAUGAUCAAGCCUGAUGGCGUCCAGCGCGGGAUCGUUGGAGAAAUCAUCAAGCGCUUCGAGCAGCGCGGCUUCAAGCUAAUCGCCUUGAAAUUGGUCCAUGCUUCAGUCCCUCAUCUUGAGAAACACUAUGAAGAUCUCAAGGAUAAGCCAUUCUUCCCGGGACUUAUCAAGUACAUGAACGCUGGGCCUGUCGUUGCAACGGUGUGGGAGGGCUUGGAUGCUGUUAAGACCGGGCGCACCAUCCUUGGUACCACUAACCCACUCGCCUCAGCUCCAGGAACAAUCCGAGGCGAUUUCGCCCUUGCCGUUGGGCGAAAUGUGUGCCACGGCAGUGAUUCCAUCGAGAAUGCUGAAAAGGAGAUCACCCUUUGGUUCCCCGAGGGCGUUGUUCAAUAUACCGAUGUGAAGGCUCAGUGGAUAUUCGAAUAA